UUUUGCCAAAAUCCUAUUGAGCAUGGCCUCCGGUAAUGCAAUGGCAGCUGCAUCCGGCGGUAUUGUUGCUGCCCAAGCUGCUGGUUCAUCCCUAGUGGGCGAUUACAAUAAUUCGGGACCUUCAUCAUCGUCAUCGCUGAGUAAUGGUUCGGCCGUGGCUGCAGGAACCUCAACAAAUCAAGGCUAUCAUCAAUUGAGUGUUACAAUCGAAGAAGCGUCACUGCGAAAUAGUGGCUUUCUAAAACCAAAUCCAUAUGUGGAAUUAUUAAUCGAUAAUAAAAGUAAACGUAAAACGGACUUUGUUAAAAAUACAUAUUUACCCAAAUGGAAUGAAGAAUUUACAGUGCUGAUAACACCCCAUUCGGUGCUACACUUUAAGGUGCUGGAUCAUUCAAGUUUUCGCAAAGAUGCAAUGCUUGGCGAGCGCAGCAUUAGCCUGGCCCACAUCUUACAACACUACAACGGGCGUUGUGAAUUUCUCGAAGUCAGUAUGGACCUGUUGGUCACCUCGAAAUCGGAUAAUCGUCAAACCAAAAGCGGUGAAUUGGUGGCCAUACUGAAUGGCCUCAAACUCGAUAUGAGCAAUAUUAUGCUGCAAAAUGGCAAUGGGACAAUGAUGAUGGGUGCAAAUGGUGCAGCAGCUGUUGGUGUCGCUGACGCCGGCGGCCCCUCUUCAUCAUCUGCUGCAGCAGCGGCGGCGGCGGGACCUGGUCGAAGUUGUUUAAUAUAUGGCGGUGUACGAACACGUGUCCGCAUGCGUUCCAGUGGUAGUGUCAGUGAAAGUGGUGCACCUGGUGUUUGUGCCUCUCGCUCCCCCGUGGCAAUGCAAAAUGGCAAUUUGGAACGUAGCAGUAGUUCAGGUGCCAUGGUACCCUCUCAAGGUGGCGGUGGUGGCGCAAUGCGCCGAGCCCCCAAUCCACCCGGUACUUGGGACCCCCAAACGGCCGCGGCAAUGGUGGCCCAGCAGCAGCAACAAAUGCACAUGUCACACAAUCCACGUAUUAAUGGUCCAUCGGGAAAUUCUCCGCUUGUCGGCAACAAUGCUGCCGGCGGUGCGCGACCCAUGUCUCAAAUGUAUGCCAAUGGUGGAGCGGUGGUGGCGGGUCAGCAACCCGGCAUGAUGGAAGGUGCUGUGGGUGGCAUGAUGCCCAGCGAUCCUCAAUCAGCCAUGGCCGUAACCGGCAGUGGCUUGCCAGUAUCCAAUGCCACAGAUCAACAACUGCAGGCGGCUCAAGCCGAUGAUGAACCUUUACCCGCCGGCUGGGAGAUACGCUUCGAUCAAUACGGUCGACGUUACUAUGUGGAUCACAAUACCCGGUCAACCUAUUGGGAGAAGCCCACCCCACUUCCGCCGGGUUGGGAAAUACGCAAAGAUCCACGCGGCCGUGUCUAUUAUGUGGAUCAUAAUACACGAACCACCACCUGGCAGAGGCCCAACAGUGAACGCCUCAUGCAUUUCCAACACUGGCAGGGACAACGGGCUCAUGUCGUAGCACAAGGUAAUCAAAGGUUCCUCUACGGUCAACAACAACAGCAACCGACGGCGGUCACGGCAGCAACGGCGCAAGACGAUGAGGAUACACUAGGUGCCUUGCCCGACGGCUGGGAGAAGAAAGUACAAUCGGACAAUCGUGUCUACUUUGUUAAUCACAAGAAUCGCACGACACAAUGGGAGGAUCCCCGCACCCAGGGCCAAGAGGUCAGUCUCAUCAAUGAGGGUCCCCUGCCGCCAGGUUGGGAAAUUCGCUACACCGCCACCGGUGAACGAUUCUUUGUCGAUCACAAUACCCGGCGAACCACAUUCGACGAUCCUCGACCCGGUGCACCGAAGGGGGCCAAAGGUGUUUAUGGUGUGCCGCGAGCCUACGAACGUAGUUUCCGUUGGAAGCUGUCCCAGUUUCGUUAUUUGUGCCAGAGCAAUGCUCUGCCCUCGCAUAUCAAAAUAACUGUGACUCGUCAAACCCUCUUCGAGGAUUCCUACCAUCAGAUAAUGCGUCUGCCGGCAUAUGAGCUGCGUCGCCGCCUCUAUAUCAUAUUCCGCGGCGAAGAGGGUCUCGAUUAUGGUGGCGUUUCGCGUGAAUGGUUUUUCCUGCUGUCGCAUGAAGUUCUCAAUCCUAUGUAUUGCCUUUUUGAGUAUGCCAACAAAAACAACUAUAGUCUACAGAUAAAUCCCGCCUCCUAUGUUAAUCCCGACCAUUUGCAAUAUUUUAAAUUUAUUGGUCGUUUUAUUGCCAUGGCACUGUAUCAUGGCCGUUUUAUUUAUUCCGGCUUUACGAUGCCAUUCUACAAGCGGAUGCUGAAUAAGAAAUUGACCAUCAAAGAUAUUGAGACGAUUGAUCCGGAAUUUUAUAAUUCAUUGAUAUGGGUCAAGGAUAAUAAUAUCGAUGAAUGUGGACUGGAGUUGUGGUUCAGUGUUGAUUUUGAGGUGUUGGGUCAGAUAAUACAUCAUGAGCUGAAGGAGAAUGGUGAAAAGGAACGGGUGACCGAGGAGAAUAAGGAGGAGUACAUAACACUGAUGACCGAGUGGAGAAUGACGCGUGGCAUUGAACAACAAACCAAAACCUUUUUGGAAGGUUUCAACGAGGUUGUGCCACUAGAAUGGCUAAAAUAUUUCGAUGAACGUGAAUUGGAGCUGAUAUUGUGUGGCAUGCAGGAUGUUGAUGUCGAUGAUUGGCAGCGCAAUACCAUCUACAGGCAUUACAAUCGUAAUUCCAAACAAGUUGUGUGGUUCUGGCAGUUUGUACGCGAUACGGAUAAUGAAAAACGUGCCCGUCUCCUGCAAUUUGUAACGGGUACAUGUCGUGUGCCAGUUGGUGGUUUUGCCGAGCUAAUGGGCUCGAACGGUCCACAACGGUUUUGCAUUGAAAAGGUGGGCAAGGAAACGUGGCUGCCACGUUCGCAUACAUGUUUCAAUCGUUUGGAUUUGCCACCAUAUAAGAGCUACGAUCAAUUGGUCGAGAAACUAACGUUUGCCAUUGAAGAGACUGAAGGUUUUUGUCAGGAAUAGUU